AUGAUAGAAGUUUGCUAUCACGGGCAUGGUGCAUAUAAGAGGAUUGCUCAGAUGGUUUGCUAUUUCUUCUACAAAAACAUUGCAUUUGGUCUUACCCUCUUCUACUUCGAGGCAUUCACUGGUUUUUCUGGGCAAUCAAUAUAUGACGACUGGUACAUGUUAUCAUUCAAUGUCAUUCUAACCUCAUUGCCUGUAAUUUCGCUUGGAGUUUUUGAACAAGAUGUUUCGUCUGAGGUCUGCUUACAGUUCCCUGCAUUGUACCAACAAGGACCUAGAAAUUUGUUCUUUGACUGGUACAGGAUACUGGGGUGGAUGGGCAAUGGUGUCUAUUGCUCUCUCAUAGUCUUCUUUCUCAACAUCAUCAUCUUCUACGACCAAGCCUUCCGUGCCAAUGGCCAGACAGCUGAUAUGGCUGCUAUGGGUACCACUAUGUUCAGUUGCAUCGUUUGGGCUGUUAACUGCCAGAUUGCUCUCAUAACGAGCCACUUUACGUGGAUUCAGCAUCUCCUUGUGUGGGGAAGUAUUGCAAUGUGGUACCUAUUUCUCUUGCUUUACGGAAUGCUGCCUCCAACUCGCUCCAAGAAUGCUUACCAAAUUCUAGUCGAAGCUCUUGGUCCUGCCCCAUUAUUUUGGUCAGCCACUCUCUUAGUAACAAUCGCAUGUAAUCUCCCAUACAUUGUCCACUUAGCAUUCCAAAGAAGUUUCAAUCCAAUGGAUCAUCAUAUCAUCCAAGAAAUCAAGUACUACAAGAAGGAUGUUGAGGAUCAGCGCAUGUGGAAGAGGGAGGCGUCGAAAGCAAGACAAGAAACCAAGAUAGGGUUCACGGCGAGAGUGGAUGCCAAGAUCAGACAUUUGAGAGGGAAGCUACAAAAGAAGCAUCAUACCCCUGUAAGUACGCAAGGAGGGAUGUCACCGUCGUGACCGUGUCCAUGAUUUUUACAGUUUUGAAAUCUGUAAUUUUUUAGGGUUUUUGGGGUUGGGGGCGCGGGGGGGGGGGGGACUGAGGGGAAGGGUAUUGCAGUUUUACAGUUUUUUAGUUGGUGGGCGUUUGUAAUUCUUUGUGUUGGUGUUGUUUUGAUUCCACUAACAUGGGGUUGGUUAGAGUCCCCUUGGUUGUAGAAAAAGAGGUUGGAGCUGUUAUAAUGUACAAUAUCUAGUAAUUCUUGGAGUCAAUCUUUAAAAAGCAAUGGACCAAGUAAA